AUGAAUUCACAGCAAAAAGGAAAACUUAUGCGCAAUGAUUUAUUAUGGAUUGCUAAUGGAAAUUCAAUGUUACGUGCUUCUCUCAUAUUACUUACUGUUGUGAUGAUUUUUUUCACUGUUAUGAAAAUUUGCAAAUUAUUUUAUCAAAUACGAAAUCAUCAACGUGAGCAACAGACAAGCGAAUCUGAUAAUGAAACUCCUCAAGUAUUGGUUAAAUCAGAGCGUUCAUCAUCUGGUAAUAAAAAAAGGUAUAAAGAGAAGCAGAAAUUAGAACGAACUUCUCAUACAUGA